AUGAUUGACGACAUUCUAAUUGGACCAAUCAUUUUACCGGAGACAAUGAAUAGCCCAAGAUUCCUAAAUUUCCUGGAAACGAAUUUUUUGGAUGCUUUAUUGGAGUUACCAUUGGCCUACAGGGCCAGAAUGACUCUGCAAUUGGAUGGUGCUCCGGCACACUUCGCGCUUCUUGUGCGGAAUCAUUUAAAUGCACACUAUUCGUCAUGGAUCGGACGCGGAGGAACAAUCGCUUGGCCACCGCGGUCGCCGGAUUUAACAUCUCUCGAUUUUUUUUUGUGGGGCACACUCAAACGAAGAGUGUAUGUAAAUGUGCCAAAUACACGAAAGGAGUUAGCAGAAAAAAUAAUUCAAGCAGCAAACGAAUUGCGAGAAGACAAGGCAAUGAUCCAGCGCUCUACGCAACAUGUUGCACUAAGAGCAACAGCAUGUCUGCAGAGAGAAGGAGGUCACUUUGAGCAGUUUUUGUAA